CCUAGAUGUAUUAUUCGUAUAUUUUUUGAAGAAAAACGAAAGAAAAGAUAAAAAAAAAAAAAAAAGAAGAAAAAAGUCAUGAGUGGCAUGAUGCUUUUAGGCUGGAAACUGAGACCACCAACCCCACUUUUCAAGAAUCAUCCAUGUAUACUAUACCCAUCGGGCUCUGACAUAUAUAUAGUAAAGGUAGGUACAUGGCAAAAGAGGACCCGUUGCUUUGCUUUUUCCUGAAAAUCAUCUUAAAGCUACCUGUUUCUUUUUGGGUUCUUAAGAUCUCGAUUGGAUUCAAGCUUCUGUCUCAGUUCUAUCCAAAUGAGUUCAUCUGGCCGAUUGUUUAACAGGCAAAGAAGUGUCCAUGAGAUUCUUGGAGGAGGUCUCGGUAUCUGCAGAUGUGAUACUUUGGAAGCGGAAGGACGUGACCUUGAGCAUAUUAUUAGUUACUCUGGCUGCUUGGGUGGUGUUUGAGAAAUCUGGUUAUACUCUGUUGUCGCUUGUCUCAAGUGUUUUCCUGCUUCUCAUUAUCAUCCUCUUUCUUUGGGCCAAAGCCGCGUCGAUUCUCAACAGACCUGCUCCACCUCUACCAGAUUUGCAUCUGUCAGAAGAAAUGGUAAAUGAAGUGGCAAAUUUCAUCCGCCUGCAUGUCAACAAUUUGCUCUCAGUUUCCCAGGAUAUUGCCCUGGGUAAGGAUUCAAGGUUGUUCUUCAAAGUAGCUGCAUAUCUGUGGCUGAUUUAUUUUGUUGGUGGCUUGACUGAUUUCCUUACCUUGGGCUACACCAGCCUUGUUAUCAUUCUCACGAUUCCAGCACUGUAUGAAAAGUUUGAAGAUCAUAUAGACAAAUAUGGCAUAGUGAGCUGCAGGAAAUUGCAGCAAUUGUAUGUGAAAUUAGACCAGGACUAUAUCAGAAGAGUCCAGAAAUGGAUUUUAGAGAAAAAGAAGCUGAGCUGAUCUUUCUCUUCUUCCCUUUAUUUUUUUCUUUUUCUUUGAAAGUGUUUUUUUUCUUUUUCGUCCGGUUUUCUUUUCUGCUUACUUUCGUUUUCUGCUAUGCCAUGGGAGUGCUAAGAGUGUGGGAGAUUGCAAUUUUCUUUUCUUUUAAAAAAUGAGAUCUUUUCUUGCA